AUGUCGGCGAUCGGGGUAGGAGCCGCCUGCUCCCGCCUGCGUCGCGGCGGGCGGCCGCUGAGAGGGGCCGUGCAGAAGCUGGGGGCCCUCGGCCUGCACACGGCAGCCCGGUGCGCUGCCAAGGAGUACUACGAGGUCCUGGUGCUGGGGGGAGGCACCGGGGGAAUCAGCAUGAGCGCUCGCAUGAAGAGGAAAGUGGGCGCAGCAAACGUGGCUGUUGUGGAGCCGAGCCAGACUCAUUACUAUCAGCCACUCUGGACCCUGGUUGGUGCUGGUGCAAAGCGACUGGCAGCUUCUGCGCGCCCAACUGAGCGAGUAGUGCCCCAAGGAGUCGAGUGGAUCAAGUGUCGAGUUACGAGGCUGGAUCCAGAUAAGAACUGUGUUUGGCUGGAGAAUAAUAAAAAGAUAUCUUACAAGUAUCUGAUAAUUGCCCUUGGGAUCAGUCUGCAUUAUGAAAAGAUCAAAGGCUUGCCUGAGGGUUUUCAUCACCCUAAGAUAGGUUCCAAUUAUUCAGCUCACACAGUAGAGAAAACGUGGAGAGCUUUGCAAGAUUUCAAGGAAGGAAACGCCAUCUUCACUUUUCCAAACACUCCAGUGAAAUGUGCAGGGGCUCCUCAGAAAAUCAUGUAUUUAUCAGAGGCCUACUGGAGGAAAACAGGAAAACGAUCCAAAGCGAACAUAAUGUUCAAUACUUCGCUUGGCGUCAUUUUUGGUGUUAAGAAGUAUGCUGAUGCAUUGCUGGAAAUAAUAAAGGAGAGGAAUAUUACUGUUAACUAUAGACGCAACCUCGUUGAAGUUCGAGCAGACAAGCAGGAAGCUGUGUUUGAAAACUUGGACAAACCAGGAGUCACUGAAGUUCAUCAGUAUGAAAUACUGCAUGUCACCCCCCCAAUGGGACCACCUGAUGUGCUCAUUAACAGCCCUGUCUCCGAUGAAACUGGCUGGGUAGAUGUAGAUACGGAAACUCUGCAACAUAAAAAGUAUCCCAAUGUAUUUGGUAUUGGAGACUGCACCAACCUUCCAACAUCAAAAACAGCAGCAGCUAUAGCUGCCCAGUCUGGAGUGCUUGAUAAAACUAUCUCCAUGGUAAUGAAGAACCAGUUACCAACUAAAAAGUACGAUGGCUAUACUUCCUGCCCGCUGGUCACUGGCUACAACAAGGUGAUUCUGGCAGAGUUUGACUAUGCUGCUCAGCCCCUGGAGACGUUUCCCGUUGACCAGAGCAAAGAGAGGGUAACCAUGUACCACAUGAAAGCCGAUGUGAUGCCCCUGCUCUACUGGAAUGCCUUACUCAAGGGCUACUGGGGAGGACCAGCUCCUUUCAGGAAACUGAUGCACCUGGGCUUGAAGUAAGGGAUGGUGCUGGAUGCUAGGCACCACUUUUGAA